AUGUCUGCGUCCGUCAGAGCCGCUUCAGCGCCGAGCUCAUCGAGGCCGGAGCCGGUACCGGACCUCAGAGCAGCAGAACUGAAUUUCCGGGCUCCAGCUGAGAGCAGGAACAUGCAGCUUCCUUCAUUCAACAACCAGCUGGUCCCAGAUGAGCUGCUGGUCAGCCUCACCUCCACUGUCUGCACCAGGAGCACGCUGGGUCACACGGCACACCAUCGCCACUGCAAGGGCUGUGGAAUCAGACGGCCGGAUGCAGUCUGGCAUCACCCGCUCGGACGCAAGAAAUACAGACACUUCCUGGAGCAGCCAACGUCCCUGACCGGAGCAGGCAGAGAUAUUUCAUUCCUGUGUGAUGCCAUGGUAACCCAGAGGAAGAUGACACCCCUCCCACCCCUGACCGACAGGAACAGCAUUGGUGACACACAGAACCUGAGUAUCACAGACAGUCUGAUACCAGAGGAAUAUCACAUUGUGAAAAACAAGGGGCUGCGAGGCCUCGAGUUCUACGAGGAUGCAUUUACAGUUCAGCUGCAGGAUGAUGAACACAAGCUCCGGCACUUUCCAUCACUGAGGCCCAGCGGCAGAUUAGAAGUGGUCCAGCUGAUGAGCAUGAUGGACGACAUGCUGGAGAAGGCUGGAGUGGAUCAGCAGAGUGAGCAGCUGACGCAGCUCUCGCAGAUGGAGGGCCUGCUGGAGCUGGUGCAGGUUGAGCAGAACAUCUACAACAUUGUUUUCCAUGAAGUGAUCAGGCAGGUCAGCGUGGGCUGUGCUGAGAGGGGACAGCUGCUUGCCAAGCUCAGACAGCGCUACCAGUCCCUGCUGGAGCGAAUGCCCCGCUGCCUGAAGGCGCUGCACACUGAGGCAGUGGCACAGCGGGCUCUGGACCGCCGGCUCACUGAAGAGAUCCACCACAUCAAGACAUCCAUCCAGCAGCUCAGCACGGAACUGUUCAAGAUCAGAGACCGCGAUGCCUCGGUUUCCCAGCAGGUGGAGUUCUCUCACAGGCAGCUCGCGGAGGAACUUGAUCAGACACACACCAACUCAGGUGUGGUCCAGGGUUACCACGAGCUGUAUGAGCUGCAGAGAGGUCGCCUCGAGGCUCAGAUGCUUCAGAUGACUGAGGAGAGAGACUCGUGGAGUCAGCUCACCUUCUGCUUCGCCCUCAAGGUGAUCAGCGUGAAGAAGCUGGAGCUGGUGCGUCGGCUGCAUGUCCACGAGCAGAGCUGGUUUAAAACAGCAGAGCACUGCAUCCUUUACCUCACCUCAAAGGACACAGAAGACAUGAAUAUCAUCAAGGAGCUUUCUGACAACUGGAAAGAGCAGCUGACGGCUUUCGUGUCCCAGAUGAAAAAGAGGGACCAUGCUCAGUUUGAAGAGAUGGAUGCCAUCCAGCAAGACAUCACCAAGUGGAUCUCCUUCUGCACGGCACAGAACCAGUGUCCUCACCCCAAAUAUGAGAAUGUCACACUGGAAAAGAUUCAUGCUGAUUUGAACCAGUGGUCAACUAUCUUGGCCCAACAGUGUGAGCGAUACCAAGGUGAGGAGCUGUUUGGCUGCCAGCAGACACUAGGUCAGCUCGGCUGUGUCCAGGAGAGAUGGCUGAACAUGAGCGCUCAGCUGCUCAGGAGACACUCCUCUCCUGACGGUGAACCUCCGGUAGGUGAGGCGGCCCUGAGUGAGCUGGUCAGGGUCCUGCCUGAGCUCCUUAAACGACUGGACACACAGGCCAGUGGAGAAACUGGCGUCCAUGCAAAGAUCAUGUCACUGCUCGGGGAUAUGGAGUCUUGGGUGUCCAAGCUUGACUCAGACAUUUGCCAGCCAGAGACGAUGUCUGUCUCCGAUUGGCUGAAGCUCGAGCAGGCACUGUGCAUUUGGCAGAGUUUGGCUGAGGAAGCCUUGAAGAGCGAGACGAGAGACGGAGAAGGGAACGAAAGGGACCAAGAUGAGCCCGAUGUAUAUAAAGAGACAGAAGACAUGUUGGAUAAAGUGAAGGAGUUUAUAAACAGCCUGUCCAACACCACAGAUGGUGAGAACCAGGGACUCAGUGAGGAGGUCAGUUCUCUUCACAAGGCUCAGACCCGCUGGAUGUUGGAUCUGUUGCUCCUCAUGGUACCUGACCAUACAGAGGACCAGGACCAGGUCCAUGAACAGGAACACCAAUACCUUACAAACAUCUCACCGCAGACACUGGAUACGGAUGGCAAGUUCCUGACCCAGAAACUGGACUAUUUUUCCAAAUACAUAUCCAGCUUUUACAAGUUGAUUCUGGAGGAGACGACUUUUCCACAUCAAGCUGAGGAUGACAAUGAGAUGAAUGACUCGUGUAGAAAGCUGCAGAGGGAAUGCGUUGAUUGGGUGCAGACCUGUGUCAUCCUGCUCUCGGGGGUGAAAGGGGGUCAGGUGGAGCUGCCUGUGAGCCAAUCGGCCACUUCCUCCAGGAGUGAUGUGUCAGCUUCUCCAGCAGACAGUAGCGGGACUGUGGUAGACAAAGAGGUUUCAGCAGAGCAUACAACAUACAGUGAGGUCACAGAGGUCAAAGAUGAGACUGGCGUGGAACCAAGAGAAAGCACCACUGACGGACAUGAAAUAAAACAAGAUUUUGAGGGGGAGCUAAUGGUUUGUGAAACACCAGUGGUGAAGCUGAUUGGCUACGAUGGAAACAUAACACAAAGAAAGCUGGGGGAGAACAGAGUCCACCUGAGAGAGAUUGAUGAACUGGUUGUGUGUCCAGCAACAGAUAAAGCUCAGAAAGCUUUUAGUGAUCUGACCACAGUAGGAGUACUGCAACAGGAACUGCAUGAUUCUGAGCUGCGGGUCCAGAGCUCUGAACAGCGAGCCCUGAAGGCUGAGGAGGCCCUGCAGGCAGCUCUGGAGAAGAUUCAGGACCUGGAGAGACAACUGCAGGGUCGGCCCAGUUUGGAGCCCAAAAGUAUUGAAGAGAAAAAGAAAACACCACCACCUUCUCCACCACCAGAAAAACUCCCAGCUCCUCUAAAGAAAACAGCUCCUGAGGCCAAACCAACAAGCACCACCAGAAGGACCAAGAAACGCUGACGUGACGGCUCAUUAGAAGAGGCUGCAACUCCCUGUAGACGUUUAUGUUUGGAACACGACCAGAGAGGAAUGCAGCAACAAGCAAGUUGUUCAGAUUCCAUGGCUGCUGUAUGCAAAUUACUAUCACUUAGUGCUACUCUAAUUUGUGUUAUGGUUUGAUGUGGCUUCAUUGUACUUUUGAUGUUAAAAAAAGGCAUGCACUUUUCCCUAAAAAAAAUAGUUAACGGAAAUAUUUAUAUUUCAGAGAGUGCGACUUUUCAGGAUCUUUA